AUGGCUAUGGUGAGUGCAUCCCAUGGCGCUAUGGACUCUCUUCUUAGGAAGCUGGGUGAUUUGCUCACCGACAAGUACAAGCUACUCAAAGAAGCCAAAAGGGAGAUCAGAUCCCUUCGAUCUGAGCUCAACAACAUGUACGCGUUCCUCAAGGAUAUGUCAGGCAUGCCCAAUCCCAACGAACAAGCAAAGUGCUGGAUGAAUGAGGUGCCUGAGCCUGUUGACGACGAUCAAGGUCACCAUCAGAUCACAAGGAAGUUCCGAGGCCUCAAGAGACUUGCUGAGGAGGUGAGCGAGCGCCGCAAGAGGUACAGGAUUGAUGACACCAUCUCCAAGCAACAAGACACGACUAUAGACCCUCGCAUGCUGGCGCUCUAUACAGAGACAGCACGCCUUGUAGGCAUCGACGGGCCGAGGGAUGAGCUCAUUCAGUUGAUGAUGGGUGAAGAUGAUCAGCUUAAGGUGGAGGGGCAGUACCAGUGUCAAAGCUUUGUUCCUGUGUCCCAGAAACCAAAUCUAUGGAAUGUUUUGAGGAAGGUACUCUUUCAAGUCGGCUAUGCAGCCCCAGAGAACACCAACGUGGAAAUAUGGGAUGUGGAUGAACUCAUCAGCACUUUGCACAAAUUCCUUACAGGCAAGAGAUUCUUCAUUGUAAUUGAUGAUAUAUGGGAGGCAAUAGCAUGGAGUACUAUUAGAUGCGCUCUUCCAGAAAACAAGAAUGGUAGCAGAGUGAUAGCAACUACAAGAAUUGAGGCUGUCGCUGCAGCAUGCUGCUCCAAUGACUAUGAAUAUGUUUAUAAGAUGAAGGCACUUGACACCGAGGACUCGAGGAGGUUAUUUUUCAAAAGGAUAUUUGGUUCAGAGGAUACUUGUCCUCCAUAUUUGGAAGAAGUGUCAACCGGUAUCCUAAAAAGAUGUGGUGGCAUGCCCCUUGCAAUUAUCACUCUAUCUAGCCAUUUGGCUACUCGACGGAACAAACUGGACAGGGAGCUAUGGGAGCACACACUAAAUUCUUUGGGUUGCAGCCUUGAACUGAAUCCCACCUUGGAAGGAAUGCGACAGAUACUGAGCCUGAGCUACACAAAUCUUCCUCAUUGUUUGAAGGCAUGCGUGUUAUAUUUGGGCAUGUAUCCAGAGGAUCACGAAAUCAGCAAGAAUGAUUUGGUCAGACAAUGGGUAGCUCAAGGUUUUAUCAGUAAAGCAGGUGGGCAAGACGCAGAGGAUAUUGCAGUCGACUAUUUCAAUGAGAUUGUCAAUAGGAGCAUUAUUCAACCAGCACAUACAGAUAGUAACAACGAUGUUCUGUCCUGUAGGGUGCACGAUAUGAUGCUUGAUCUUAUUAUACACAAAUGCAGAGAAGAGAAUUUUGUCACUGCAAGUGAUGACAUACAAGACAUUAGUGGAACGCGUAGCACCGUUCGUCGACUGUCCCUUUACUUGAAUGGUGUUACAGAUAGCAAAUCUCUUGGAACCAUUCAACUCUCACAUGUAAGAGCAUUAACUAGAUUUGGCACAUCAACAUACAUACCUCCUUUAGGGGAGUUCAAGCAUCUGCGGGUUUUGAAUCUGGAACUUCGAGUUGGUGUCGCGCAGAUGACAGUGGACCUAACUGGAUUGUGUUAUUUGUUCCAACUAAGGUACCUGAAAAUUAUGAUUUUUGGUUUUGGUUAUAUAGAGCUACCAAGCAAAAUUUCAGGAUUGCAGCAGUUGGAGACAUUGGAAAUCGAUGUAGGCAAGGUCCAGAUUCCAUCAGAUGUUGUUCAUUUGCGCCGGUUGUGGCACCUGAUCGUUAGUGGCGGGUUCAGUUUGCCCGGAGGCAUUGGUAACAUGAAAUCCAUACACACGCUACGGUUUAGACAAUUGUGCAUGAGCUUGAGCUCAGCAGACACCAUCAAAGAAAUUGGGGAGCUCACCAAUCUGAGGGAUCUUCAACUACGGUUCAACCAUGAAAGGCGAUCAACAGUUUACGAGGCAGCAGCAAGACAGUCCUUGGAUGCUCUGCACUCUUCCCUCGGGAAGCUUCUCGAUCUCCGAUACCUAGAUAUCAAGCAUGAUGGUUGCCUGGACGAUGGAUUCAGUUCACUCUCUGGUAGUGGUAGUGGUAGUGGUAGUGGUACUCCCCUCCUCCUCCUCCGGAGAUUCGUGACGUUGUGGGGCUGGCAUUCCAGGCUUCCCAGGUGGAUUGGACAACUCACGAACCUCCACGACCUGCAACUUGCGGUCAAGGAGGUGCAUGGAGAUGACAUCAGAAUCCUUGCACAGCUAGCCUCCCUCACCAAUCUCCAGGUGAAAAUUCAGGCAACUCCUAGGGAGAACAUGGUCAUCUGCAGAGCUGGAUUCCCUGUUUUGAAGCAUUUUGAGAUUGGAUGUAGCAGGAUGUCAUACCUCAUCUUUGAGGCAGGGGCGAUGCCCAGGCUCCAGAUGCUGGAGGUAUACUUCAACGCUUCAGGAUGGGACAAGCACGGCGGUGCACCCACUGGCAUCGAGCAUCUGUCAGGCCUCAAGGAGAUCACCGUGCGAAUUUCGGGCCGAGGUGCCAGGGAAUCCAAUCAAAGAGCUGCAUUGUCCGCGCUAAGAAACGCUGUUGAUGCGCACCCAGGUUGUCCUACAACUGACAUCAGAUCAGAGGCACCAACACGUGGAGGCGAAGUCAUCCCAUCUGGUAUAUUCCUGAAGAUGCAGAACUCGCUCGUCUCUGAAAAUUUUGCGGACAGGCCCACUUCUCACGCAGGCGUAGGGAAAAUCAGUAGAGUUGGUGACCUCUGGCUCCAAGUAUCUGCUACUAGGCGGAGUUGCGGGGUGUGGUGGCACGAGGGCCGGAGCGUGGCGGCAUCGACCAUGCGGAGGGUGGUUGCGGGCAAAGUCCUGUAA